GACUUUCUGACUUUAUCCCUGAUUCAAGGGUUAUUUUCUUGAACCCAGGAAACUCUAUACAAGCAUCGAUAAACAAUUCAGACGUAUUUAAGGUCAAUUGGUUUGCAAUACGACACUCAAGGUCAUCCUGGAAAAGUUAGUAUUAUGGCUAUGGCUAUUUCACCAUUUGCGUCUACGAAAGAGACUACUAACUAUGCAAGGUUAUGCCGCCUCCUGGUGGAUGUUGGAUCUCAGGUGCUUCGGUCCACUUUUGACACAAUACAUCCACCAGCGACUCUACAUACAGUUUUGGGAAGUACCUCAGUGCAUUACGCCACAUUGCAAUCACUGUACAAAGGGAGGAAGAAAGUGCUGAAUCCCACGCAAUGGGGAAAGUUGUACCCUUCUCACGCACCCGUGUCUUCUGCAGCCUUCGAUAUCACACUUCUAACGGUGCUUCUUAGAAAUAUCUGUGGUUUGGGCCCUCCUGCCAAUGGAUGGGAUCGUCUUCCCCUAGCUACAAACAUAAGCAUCGCAGAUGACAUCGCCAGAGUCAAGUAUUACAGGAACACUGUAUACGGCCAUGCUUCUCAAGCCUCUGUGGAUGACAGUAGUUUCAGUGCUUACUGGCAGGAAGUAAGAGAAGCUUUGGUGAGACUGGGAGGAGCUCAUUUUAGAGCUGAAAUCGACAAUCUUGAGCACGACUGCAUGGAUCCAGAUAUCGAGGAGCAUUAUCGUGAACUGAUGAAACAAUGGAAGAAAGACGACGACAGCAUCAAAGACAAGCUUGAAGAAAUUGAAGAUUCGCUAAGUGACCUCAGAGACACAACUGAGAAGAUAGAGAUUGAAAUGAAGGAGGUUAAAGAGACGCUUUGUAGCCUGACGACCACAGUGGAGAAAAGCACAGAUGAAGGGUCUCUUGAGAAAAUGAUAGGCGAAAUGGUAAAGAUGGACAGCGAACUGAAAGAAUUGAAGGAAAAGCUGUGUACUUUGACAGCCUCAGUGGGAGAAAGCAGGGAUGAAGAUACCACGAAAGGAUCUCUUGAGAAAAUAAUAAGCAAAAUGGCAAAGAUGGACAGCGAACUGAAAGAAGUGAAGGAAAAGCGAUGUACUUCGACGGCCGUAGUGGGAGAAAUCAAGGAUCAAGGUAUCUUUGAUCCUACUGAGCUUAUCAAUGGAAUUCGCCAGCUUUACCAGACUCGCGAAGGAUGGCUCUCACCCUUUCCAUGGUGUGAAGAGUUUCAGUUAUUUCUUGGCGAUAUUUUUACAAGGCUCGAAGUGGUCAGAAGAAAGAAAACGAAAGGACAAAUCACUGACGUAUUUGUUGACAUGCCAUCAAUACUAGACCCGCAUGAAGAGUGUUCAGCGCCGAGAACUGUGUUGAUUGAAGGAGAACCUGGUAUGGGAAAAACCACCUAUUGUAAAAAGUACGUCUACGACUGGGCCACAAAAAAACAACAACCUCGGGGCUGCGGCUCAACAGUAUUCAAAGUAGUACUGUUGCUGAAAUGUCGAGAUAUCCAUUCUGACGUUUGGGAAGCUAUUGAUGAUCAGCUUCUGCCCCGAGACAUCGAUGAAGAAGUCAAACAACAAUUCUUUCAGUUUAUUCGUGAAAAUCAGGCCAGUAUUUUAUUGAUAUUGGAUGGAUUGGACGAGUUACCUUCCGGCAAAUUGUCGAUGUUUUGCGAAUUAAUUGAAGGAAGGGGACUCCCCAGGUGCCACUUAGUUGCAACAGCAAGACACGAAGCUGGAAAAGAGGUGAGAAGGUGUUGUGACACUCUACUUCAGAUCGAAGGAUUCAGUGAAAAGCAUAUGAAAGAAUUUGUCACCAAGUACUUUAAAGAAAGGACGGAUUUAGCCACCAAGCUCUCGCAACGGAUGUCGCGAGAUAAAAACCUUAGUGAAAUAGCGGCCAAUCCUCUAAACACAGCACUACUUUGCCUUUUAUGCGAAGAGUUUGAGGGCACACUCCCCGAAAGCAGAGCUCAACUGUACUUGGAUAUGGUUGAAUGUGUUUUGAGAAGACAUAGAAAAAAGAAGGGGCUAUUAGAAACGAGCGAAGACCUGACAAACCAUUACAAACCACAAUUGAAUCACCUUGGAAAGGUAGCGUUUAAUGGUUUACUUGACGACAAGUUGGAUUUUAAUGAAACUCAAUUGGAAAACCAUGCAGAAGAGUUGACUGAAUUUGGAUUUCUGUCAGUGCAGCCUGGUAGCAGCAAACUGAGACAAACACUGCAUUAUGCUUUCUUACAUAAAAGUUUUCAAGAAUUCUUUUCAGCAUUCUUCAUUUGUGGUCAGAUUCAAAGCAAGGAAAUUAAACUUGAAGAACUAGUUUCCGAUCGAAGGUAUUUCGUUGAACUUAAACAAGUACUUUUGUUUUCGUGUGGAAUUUUAGCCAUGAAAUGCGAUGAAAAAGUUGUGGCCCUUGUAAAGAAUUUAACAAAUGAAGUCAACAAAAAUAAAGGCCGUGGUACAAAAAUUGUCUUAGAGGCCAUCAACGAAUGUAAAAGAGAAAAGAGUGAUUUUCACUCACAGUUAGCGAAGUCGUUUGGAACUGGUUUGAAUCUAACCAACUUAAUUUUGUCUUACAAUGGUAUUAGAGAUGCGGGUGCUACAUGUAUUGCUGAGGCAAUCAAAGUGAACAAGACGCUAACCAAUUUGAAUUUGUCUUACAAUGGUAUUAGUGAUGCGGGUGCUACAUGUAUUGCUGAGGCAAUAAAAGUGAACAAGACGCUAACCAAUUUGAAUUUGUCUGGCAAUCGUAUUAGUGCUGUGGGUGCUACAUGUAUUGCUGAGGCAAUGAAAGUGAACAAGACGCUAGCCAAUUUGAAUUUGUCAGUUAAUGGUAUUAGUGAUGCGGAUGCUACAUGUAUUGCAGAGGCAAUCAAAGUGAACAAGACGCUAAUCAAUUUGAUUUUUUCUUACAAUGGUAUUAGUGAUGCGGGUGCUACAUGUAUCGCUGAGGCAAUCAAAGUGAACAAGACGCUAACCAAUUUGAAUUUGUCUGGGAAUCGUAUUAGCGCUGCGGGUGCUACAUGUAUUGCUGAGGCAAUGAAAGUGAACAAGACGCUAACCAAUUUGACUUUGUCUGGGAAUCGUGUGAGCGCUGCGGGUGCUACAUGUAUUGCUGAGGCAAUGAAAGUGAACAAGACGCUAACCAAAUUGAUUUUGUCUUACAAUGGUAUUAGUGAUGCGGGUGCUACAUGUAUUGCUGAGGCAAUGAAAGUGAACAAGACGCUAACCAAUUUGAAUUUCUCUGGGAAUCGUAUUAGUGCUGCGGGUGCUAAAUGUAUUGCUGAGGUAAUGAAAGUGAACAAGACGCUAACCAAUUUGACUUUAUCUGGGAAUCGUAUUAGUGAUGCGGGUGCUACAUGUAUUGCUGAGGCAAUGAAAGUGAACAAGACGCUAACCAAUUUGACUUUGUCUGGGAAUCGUAUUAGUGCUGCGGGUGCUACAUGUAUUGCUGAGGCAAUGAAAGUGAUCAAAACGAUAACCAAUUUGAAUUUGUCUUACAAUGGUAUUAGUGAUGCGGGUGCUACAUGUAUUGCUGAGGCAAUCAAAGUGAACAAGACGCUAACCAAUUUGAAUUUGUCAGUUAAUGGUAUUAGUGAUGCGGAUGCUACAUGUAUUGCAGAGGCAAUGAAAGUGAACAAGACGCUAACCAAUUUGACUUUGUCUGGGAAUCGUAUUAGUGCUGCGGGUGCUACAUGUAUUGCUGAGGCAAUAAAAGUGAACAAGACGCUAACCAAUUUGAUUUUGUCUUACAAUGGUAUUAGUGAUGCGGGUGCUACAUGUAUUGCUGAGGCAAUGAAAGUGAACAAGACGCUAACCAAUUUGAAUUUGUCUUACAAUGGUAUUAGUGCUGCUGGUGCUACAUGUAUUGCUGAGGCAAUGAAAGUGAACAAUACGCUAACCAAUAACCAAAGCAGGGUUCAAAUAACUUUUGAAGUAGAAGGGCACUGCCUUUAAAGUAGGCAGGUACCUUUGAAAAUUGAGGGCCGAAGGCCCGAAUCAC